AUGGCCCAAGAACAGUACACCUGCCGCUGGGCAGCACUCUCGCUUUCAAACAUUGCUUCAGUCUUCUUGCCUGAUUUGUUGCAGCCGAGGCCAGAUUCGGAGCCGAUUCAGCAUGAAUUGGUGUGUGUCAGCACGACCGGUGGCAAUGAGCGUGCUGCCAAAUGGAUGAACGAGAACAAGAUUCCCAACCAGGAAUCUGUCAAGGUUUACAACUCGUGGGAAGAGAUGUUGGAAAAGGGCGACUUCGACAUCGUCUACAUCUCAACACCGCAUACGCUGCACUACGAACAUGUCACCAAGGCGCUGAAAUUCAAGCGCAACGUCCUUCUAGAAAAGCCGGCAACGAUGAAUCGGGCACAGUAUCAGAAAUGUGUCGACUUGGCUGUGCAACAAGGUGUGGUCUUGAUGGAAGCAAUGUGGACCAGGUAUUUGCCUGCUACCAAGUACCUGACCGAGGAGCUGCUGCCCAAAAUCGGCGAAGUCAAACGUGUUUACGCGGAGUUCUCCUUCCCCAUUGUCUCGCCGGAUCUGGCUCACUCGUCACGUUUCUUGGACAAGCAGGCGGGAGCCGGAAGUCUGUUGGACCAAGGUGUCUAUGCCCUUACCUGGGCUGAUAUUGCUCUCAAUGGGUUGGGCGCAGGAUCGACCAUCACCGACGUGGCGCAUGCCAGCUCAAUGAGCGUGCCUGGUGUCCCUGGUGAGGUGGACGAUAUCGACACUUUGGUUCUCUCAAAGCACGAAAAGGACUCCAAGCAGCAAAAGGCCGUUGGUAUCGUCACGACAAGCAUGACAUUGACCGGGUCCAGCAAGCCAGCCUUUUACCAGCGACUAAUAGCAAAGAAGGCUUCUCCAGCAGUCCGUAUCGAGGCUACCAAGGCCUCCAUCGCGAUUCCAUUCCCUCCCAUUCGGCCACAAGAACUACACGUUCAGUGGUACGGAGAGGAGUUCUUGGGAGAAGACGGCAUUGAGAAGGAAGAAAUCAUCAAGAAGCCCGUGGAGCGAGGCUGGGGUAUCUGGUACCAGGCAGAUGUAAUUGCAGCAGCAGUGAGAGACCGAAAAGGCAGUGAGAAGCAAGGAGAAGUCAUUGGUGCCGAAGAGUCUCUACGAGUGUUGGGCUGGAUGGAUCAAGCUCGGGAACAGGCUGGCAUCGUGUAUGAUGAGAAAUUGGAACAGCUCUGA